GCAAAUGAAAUAUGGGACUGUGUACAGAGAAGUUUACAGACGUAUCAUCUUACCUUCAGAAACACGAGGAAAAAGAACUGGUGCAGGUGUGCAAGUGGCUGAUGGUGAAUUUGCAAGAUGGAAACUGCACGCUGAAAUGGCACCACAAAAACAACAGAUUACAGUUAGACGAUGUGAAGAUAACCGGCAUAGCGAUUACAAAACUUGCAAACCAGUACUAUGAAGACAUCACCAAGAAACCAACAGAUAACAAAACUCUGAUAGCCAUCCUGGCGUCCUGUGGAGCUCUGCUCAUCAUGAUCCUCAUCCUCGCCGUUUGUAAGUCACGCCGUCGCAAGCCGUACAACGAGAACCAGCAGCACCUGACGGAGGAGUUGCACACGGUGGAGAACGGAUACCACGAUAACCCGACGCUGGAGGUGAUGGAGAUUCAUCCGGAGAUGCAGGAGAAGAAGAUGGCGCUGAGCGGAGAGUUCAACGACAGCUGGAUCGUCCCCAUAGACAACCUGCUGAAGGAGGACAUCGCCGGCGAGGAGGACACUCACCUGUAGAGACGAAGGAACAAAAACAAACAAAACUAUCCACACUUCCUGCUCCAUGCCGACCUUUUCCCUACAUACUGGGAAUGCUGUCCCUGUAGAGAAGACAUUUCUGUUCUGAAGACUGUAGAACAACCCAAUUGUAAUGAAGUCCGUCUGUUAUAUAUUUUUUUACUGUAGUGAGCAAAACAAAAAGGAUACAAAAUCAAUAAUCAAGUAAAUUAAUCACUGUUGUGCCCAAUCCGGAUAUUUUAUAUAAAUAAGUGACUUUCUACAUCAUUACUCAUUCAGAAAAAGCUCAAAACUACAAGAGGAUUGUGCCUUUGUACACAUGCCACUGUAAAUAAAGUGUUUUAAUGUUAUUUUAAGAGAGGGAAAAAGAGUCAGGAGAUGCUUAAGUUCAUCUCGAGAGCUACCAACUUAGAUAUAGAUGACUUCAGGAUACUGCAAAGCAUCCUGGUAAAUGUCCACUAAUGUGUGUUGGCACUGGUGCACCAAUCAUAAGAGACAGAUGUCUAAAGACACUACUUAGCCAGAUGGGUUUAUAGUUUAGUGUAUUUUUUUUUUUCGUGAUACGUGACCCUUGUUGGGGAAUAAUUUGCCCUGUCCUCCUUCGCCCUCUGACGCA